AUUACUAGCCCGCGUCUCCGCCUUCAAAUACGUACAUCUGCCGGAUACUUCCUAGAUCCUAGUCAGAAAGCCACUCUAUUUUACUAAUGUCUCUUGUUGUUUGAAGACUCGAGGGUUGUAUCGUUGUAUCGACGUACAAAAUAGUCUGCCAUUGUUUAGCACAGCUUUGCACGCGCUUGUGUUUACAGCAUCACGAGCAGCGCGUGUGAUAUUGAUUCAGUGUUAGAGCUCUUUCGGUUUCACUAUGGCAAGCGAGGCGCUCCACAAAUUCGUUUGCCUUUGUCGAUACCUACAGGAUCCCUGCCAUGUCGCCAGAUUCCAGCAGUUUUGCGGCGUCCGCGGGACGUUUCCUAAAAAAACAGCCGAGGCUGACGCGAAGCUUGCGGUCAACGAUGCUUGCGUGGGGCAAUGUCAGGAAGACCGCGCGGCUAAUGGGGAUUCAGCACACGGACUCGCGGGCCAAAGGCUGAGAAAAAGUUUAAAUGCCGCUGGAAAUGAUGAACAGGACGAAAGUCCCGCUGAUUUUCUCAACGGACCCUCGGGGCGAGAGGCAGAGAGAGACUCCAAAGGCAGAGUGAAGCCUUUACGCAGGAACUCAUUGACUGGUGAGGUUGGCCAGGAGUUCAUCAUCGAGAACAAGUUUCUCUUCUAUCUCUUCACCAUUGGUUCCGAGCUGGGCAAUGAGAUGUUUUUCAUCGUGUUCUUCCCUUUCUUGAUGUGGAACGUCGAUCCCUAUGUGAGCCGGCAGCUCAUCGUGGUGUGGGCUUGGGUGCUGUUCAUCGGCCAGUCCACUAAAGAUCUGAUCCGGUGGACCCGUCCUGCCUCUCCUCCUGUGAUUAAACUGGAGGUGUUCUUCAACUCGGAGUACAGCAUGCCCUCCACACAUGCCAUGACCGGCACCGCGAUGCCCUUCUGUCUAUUCAUGCUCACAUGCAGUCGCUGGGAGUACCCUUUCAUGAUUGGAUUGAGUGCAGCUCUGUUCUGGAGUGUCCUUGUGUGCAUCAGCAGGGUUUAUAUGGGCAUGCACUCUGUCUUGGAGGUGAUCAUAGGCUUCCUCUACAGUGUGCUCAUCUUGGCGGUCCUUCACCCCAUGCUGGCUGACAUCGACAUGUUCUACCUGUCCCACAGCUACGCCCCUCUGGUUGUCCUGCUUGUGCAUGUGGGCUUCAGCUUGGUGGCCUUCUCGUUGGACUCAUGGAGCACCUCCCGCGGCGACACGGCCCAGGCUUUGGCCACAGCUACCGGAGCCGCGUUGGCAUGCCGUCUGAACCACCAACUGGGUCUGCAGCCAGAUCCUCCUGAAGAAGCUCUACCGCUCACCCUGCCACUGAUCGACGGGGCCCUAUUGAUCCGCUCAAUCAUGCGGCUCCUGGUGGGAGUGGCGGUGCUUCUGGCCGUCAGGGCUGCCAUGAAGGUAGUGGCGAUUCCGUUGGCGUGCAAGAUCUUCGGCGUGCCUUCGGAUGACGUGAGGAAGGCUAGACAACACGCGCAAGUGGAACUCGCGUAUCGGUUUAUUGUCUACGGCACAGUGGCCUACUGCUGUGCAUUCCUAGUCCCACUUCUCUUUAGCUUCCUUGGCUUAUCCUGAAGAAAAUCCCACCUGUUAUUAUCCAUUUUUUUUAUCCUAGCUAAAACCUAUACAUUACCUGAACUAAUCAGGGUCCACAGUUGUAGUCAAAACCGACAAACUUGGAAAAGCCUUUUGGGUGCAAACAUGUAUGAUGUUCAUGAUGUUGAUAAUUUCACUAGCUCCAUUUCCAUGCUAAUUUAUUUGUUAGAUUUUAUUAAUCUGAUAAAUUUGAGCAGGGUUUUUAGGCACAUUUGUUGCCUUCUGUGGGAGAUCAGUCAGCUCAGUGAUGUUUAAAGCCAUUCUCAGAAAGUUCUCAAAUGUUUCCUGCAUUUGUCUUUAGUGGAUUCUCCUCAGCAGACUGACACCCACCCAUUCUGAACCCAAUAUGCAGGAAUGUUUCUCGCUAUAUACAGACUUUGUCUUAAAGGGAUAGUUCACCCAAAAAUGAAAAUUUGAUGUUUAUAUGCUUACCCCCAGCGCAUCCAAGGUGUAGGUGACUUUGUUUCUUCAGUAGAACACAAAUGAUGAUUUUUAACUCCAACCGUCGCGGUCUGUCAGCCGAAUAAUGCAUGUGAAUGGGAACACUAUCAAUAAGAGUAAAAAAAAAAACUUGCUUAGACAAAUCCAAAUUAAACCCUGCGGC